GUUUAAAUUGCGCUGAUAUGUAGGACAAUAGACAGAUUGAAUGGCACAUUAAUUAUCUAAGACCUAGAAUUCAUACUUUCAAUCUUUUGAAAGGUAAAUUUCAGUGGUUAAAUAAGACUUCUUGCUUCACUUUGUCUAUUCACCUACAGUCAUCAUAGGGUCUCAUUGAAAAUGGAAAAUGUUUAUCAAACAUAUUCAAUACAAAAUAUGCUGCAUAUGGCCAUCAUACAAUUACUCAUAACAAUUGUUAUGCAAAUGAUGCCAUUCUCAACACAAGGGUAAAAAUGUAAUUUUUAGCAAACAUUGUCCAUUUUUAACAAUGACACUUUUUAUUUAAGGAAAAUAAGACGAUGACCUAACGUGUCAGAAACAGCAAACCAUGGCUGCAGCUGUGCCGACUGUGUCUGUACCUUUAUCAAAUUCUAAAUUCUUCAAUUGGAUAAAGGCUGCUCUGGCUGUGUUUUAUACUAAAGAAGAAAUAGAGCCAGUUGUUACUGAUGAAGUCAAAGAUUUCCAACAGAACUGUCUACAUAGUAUUUCCUCGUCAAACAGCUUACCAGCCGGAAGCACCUGUUCUAACUGCUGUACGGAAAAUCUGAUUGUUUGUCCAACAAACAGACUCUGCAACGCAAAACGUGGAAAAUGCAGUUACCAUAAAAACGCUGCAUCACAAUAUCGUCCAUCUGGCUGCCCGAAUAAAAUUUGUCAUAAUUUAAAAUCUGAGAUUCAAAGCGCACAUCGAUAUCAUGGUCCGUCAUAUAAAAAUACAGAUGCAACCAAAUGGUGCAGCAAUGCUUGGGAAAUUGCCAAAUGUUAUCUCCCGCCAGACGGAUACAAGGAUGUAUCGAGCGCUGGAGAUACUGAUUUUAAUGGCAUCAUUAGUGUCAUUAUUAAUCACAAAGGAUUUGAGGCGAAAAUAAAAGACGACUUGUCCAAGAAGAAUAAUAUAUUUGAAAAGGGUAGAGAUGUUGGUAAAGCUGUCAGACAUUCUCCUAAUCUGGAGGUCGAGGAUACAGAUCUAACGCAGUAUUUUACCAUUUUAAACAACAUUUUGACCGAUCCUGGAUUCGUAGCAAUGAAUAAAUCACCAAACAAUGCAAUUCAGAAAUUGGCGAAGCUUCAAAGUGACGAUUUGAUCAUUGGAAAAGACAUUGUACGUAAAGUUUUGGACGAUGUAGGAAAAUCAAUUCAGGAACAAAUAAGAAAUGAGAUGGUUGAGUACAAACAGAAGACUGAAGAAAGAAAAUUAGAGCUGAUUACAGAAAUAAACUUAAAAGUAAAAGAAAUUGAAGAGAAGGGAAAUGUUUCACUUGCUCAGCUGAAUGGUGCAGUGAAGUCGUCCAUUGAUGCUUUUGAGGCUAAGGUAAAAGAAUCUAUUCAAGAGAUAGACAAACAGAUUAGAAAGGGAAAAGAAACCCUUGAAAGUGUUGCCAACAAAGAAAAGGAAAAUGCAAUAAAGGAGAUACAAAAAGCUGCAGAAAAAUGUAAGACAAUACUUCAGUUAUAUAAGCCUACAUAG